UUAGUUAUAUACUAUAUAUUUUAAAUGGUGACAUUAAAACAGUUUUAAAUCCCACGGAUAUUCGUUUUCUUACUAACAGAUUGAGUUAUUUUAUUUAUUAGUAAAAUAUUAGUAUCCGUUAAUCUAAAACUGUUUUAGAAUUUUAGAUCAUCAUAUAAAUGUAGUACCUAAGAGCAGAGUGACAAGUAAGUAGUAACUAGUAACUAGUAAGUAAUUUAUUGAUGAGUAUGCAACAAAUUUAAUAUUUAUAGCACAAUUACAAUUUACAACUGUAAAUUGAAAAUUUGAAAAUUAUAAUCUAUGAUAAUCAUUAAUUAUCAAAACAAUUCGUUUGCGAUCACGGAUUUAGAUACUAUCACAGAUAUAUAAAAAUACUAGAUAGCCGACUUCUAUAGUACAUACACAGAUAUAUAAAAUUUUUUAUAUAUCUGUGGAUUGUGAUUAACUCCGUUAUCAUAAUAUAUUGAUUACACAACUAUUGAACAGUGUAGCCUUAGAAUAUAUUACAUAUUUUACAUUAAUAUGUUUUAUUCAAAAUCUUCAGAAUGAAUGUGUCAAGCCCGCCAGCAAUGAGUUCAAAAAACAUUAAGAGGACACUGUCUACAUUCUACAAAAUAUUUUUUGUCAUAGGUAUACCUAGGUUUUUUAAAAAUGUCUAUCUUUGCUAAUGUUGUACAGAUGAUAGUGAGGAUGAUAUGUUUGAGCCAGCGUACCACUCAACGGAAAAAAUAAAUAAAACAAAUCAUAUUGGUUGUACAGAUAAUAGUGACAAAGAUAUAGUUGAGCUGAAUAUUUUAGCAAGAGAAAUAUCUCAAGAUGAAAGAUCCCAAGACGAAACGACUUCUAAUGAUACAGUAAAUUUAUCAACUAUUGCAAACCUACUGCAAAAACAGUUCAAAGCAACACUAUACACUAAUUGUUUACUUGAACAAUUAUUACAAUCCAAUAAUCAAACUGUCCAACCAGCUAGCUUAAGUAUUCAGGAAAAAUUUCGAAGCAGGUUCCACAAUUUGCCACUUAAUUCCUUAGAAGAUGUUGUUGAAAUGGAAAAUAAGUUGAAAGAUCCUGCAUCACAGCAUUUAAUGAAAAAUCGCUUAAGACAAUGUGGGUGCCGAAAUAGUAUACAAGAAACUGUCACUACUAUAUUAAGAACAGUAAUGAGUGAUACAUGUGCUCAAUAUUAUAACUUUGAUGGAAAGAACAAUGCAAAGAAUCCAUUUAAAGAAUUGACUCUUAAUUCUAUAAUAAUAGGGAUAAUCACUGAGUGAUAAUAAUCUAUACAUAUUAUACUUAUCCAAAAAUUAUUUUUUAUAUAUUCUUUUUCGUUUUGUUAACUAUUAGAUGUUGUUUUAAAUUUCCAUACCGAUGCAACUGAGCAUGAUGUCAAAACAAAAAUCAGAAAUUGGUUAAGAUUAGCUUCGACAAGAAUUUCAAAUAAAAUAAUUCGCCAGACUCUUAAACAAAAAAACAUUACGUAAACUUUAACCAUACCACUUAAACCUUUUA